AUGGAUGUGUUCUUUCAACCAACAAAAGGAAGGCCAUUUGCAAUUGAAGUUGGCUAUUUUGACACUAUUUUAGAGAUCAAAGACAAAAUCCAAAGAGAUCAAGGUAUUCCUAUUCCAAAACAAACCUUAAUCUUCAAAGGUAAUGUCCUAGACGACCACCUGAAUGUUCAUUAUUCUGACAUCCUCGACCGUUCUCAUAUUCAACUCGUCGUAGAAUCCGAACCUGACAAGAAUAAUGGGAUCAAGGCGGAACAGGCAUUGUCUCCUACGAGGAAAAUUCAACUCCUCCUCAAAAUGCCAACAUCCAAAAUAAGUGUCACCUUAGAGGUAGACGUUACGGAUAGUGUUAGAAGGGUAAAAGAGAGAAUUCACGAGAUGGAAGGUGUGCAUGUGAGUAAAUUAGUCAUGCAUGCAAAUGGAAUCGAAUUGAUUGAUCAUCAGAGCCUUCAAGAUUAUGGACUUUCAGAUAAUUCUGAAAUUAAUGUUAGUGUUAGGCCUAGUAUUAUUGCAUCUGCAGCAGCAACAACAACAACAACUUCUUCGGGAUCAUCAGUGAAUAAUAAUGGGAACGGACCGAAGAAAUUAAGGAUUAUGGUUUUGUCGAAAUGUGGUACUAAGAAAAUUCCGAUCGAAGUUAAUCCGUCAGACAAUGUGGGAUACUUGAAGAAAGAGUUGCAAAAAUUGAACCAAAAAUUGGAAUUAGAGCUUCCACAAGAAGGGUAUUUUUUUAUUUAUAAACAAAAUGUGAUGGAUGAUGAUCGUUCAUUUAGAUGGCAUCAUGUUUGUCAAGGUGACACUAUUGAGAUUUUUAAUGGUAGUGUCACAGGUGGAACUUAAUUUUCUUUUCUUUUUUUUCUUGUA